AAAUAGGCAGCGUUUUGCAAACGAACCCAGUACAUGUUGCCAACUGAGAGAUGACGCACUAUAUGAGACCACCCAUUCAUCAGCAUAUAAAAGCGCAGCGAAGACAGCGCACUGCUCAUUGUACGAAGAGUCCGGGGUGCUGCGCAUCCCUGCAAACCACACAGCCGCCCUGAAUGAUACCAGCAAGGAGCAUGGUGGUGAACACAACUGAUAAGCCACUUACUUCAGUUGAUGGCACCGAAAUGCUCAAUGGUCAUCCCCAAGGCUGCGCAACAGAUGGUGCGCAUUUGCAAUGCCUCCAAACCAAAGCGCGCAACCGCGCAUCGUCCUCGGUGAGUCUGCAGCAGCAGGGUCCAGACGGUCACACGGUCAAGCUUUCAUCAAGCGCGUGCAUUAUUAAAACGGUAACAUCACACUGGAGACAUCCAGAGAAAAAAGCACGGGUGGUGAGGUCUUCCAGCAUUGGAAACCGACACUCGUCAUCUGAACGUAAACCACGGAGAUCUCUGGACCCCUUUGCGGCGUCUCAGGUCCAUAUAACCAAGCAUAUGAGAUGUGAGAGUAAAAACGACGAUCUGGUCAGCGUAAAGCCCAGUCAUUACCGACGCAUAGUCGUGCUGGGCGCACCGCGAGUAGGUAAGACGGCGGUUAUCCGGCGUUUCUUGGGUGAUGAGUUCGAGGAACAUUACGAGCCCACGACCGAGGACUUUCACAGCAAACUGUAUCACAUUCGAGGUGAGCGAUACCGGCUGGAUAUCCUGGACGCGUCCAAAGAGAGAGACUAUCCUGCGAAACGAAGGCUGUCUAUAUUGACAGGUGAUAUAUUCCUCCUAGUAUUCAGCGUGACAGACAGAGAGUCUUUCAACGAAGUCUGCGCUUUACGCGAGGAGAUUUUCGCUGCUAAAUCAAAGCUGGCAAAGACCAAAGAAAACGGACAGAUUCCUAUUAUAAUAUGCGCGAAUAAAAUUGAUUUAGGUUCGUCAAGAAGUGUACAGCGAUCAGAUAUCUGUAACACCUUUGGAGAGGCCAGCGUCCUCUUUGAGGUGUCCGCCAAAGACUGCACCAAACUGGAGAAAAUGUUCGAGGCACUGGCGGUGCUGGGAGGACUCCCCACAGAAACCAGACCAUCUCUUCAUCGAGACAUCUCCAUACACACUUACCAAGCGAUGAGCAACAGAAAGAGAAACAAAAGGGCCAUGAAUGAGCCGUGUGGCGCGGUGCACCCGCUCGCCCGCAGACCGAGUUUCAACAGCGACCUGCGGCGAGUCAUGGGACCAACAACCCCCAAACGAAGUACACCUAUUGAAAGGUGUCAAAUACAGUAAAAGAGUAACAAGUGUCACUCUGUUUCAAACCUAUGAAUAAUAUUUAUUCAACUAUGUAAGAAUUAUUAAAUUCUACGAAUCCCUGGCAGGAACGGGGUAAUUUUAAGAAAGUAAUGUAUUUGUAAAAGUAUAAAUAUUCUGAAAAGCAUGUUUUCAUGAUAUUGAGUGUUUUACCUCUGUUUAUUUAUUUAGCAGACCUAUAAUACCUCACACUGCAAAAAUAAUAAAUAAAUUGUUUUCAAACACAAUAAUCUUUACAUGCUUAAAACAAGAAUUGUUCAGACGCAACGCGUUUACGUUUUUUUUUCAUACAAAUCUAAAUGAAUCUUGUUUAUUUUAUGCUUAAAACAAGAAAUAUGCUUGCCAAUGGAAUAAGAAAAAUCAUCUUUUCUUUUUGAAAUUAUUUUGGCAAACAGGUUUUUCUUGUUUAUGCAAAAACUAAAACAAAUGUUGCUAUUUGUCUGAAAGCAAGACAUAAAUUCAAGUAUCAUUCUGCUUAUAUAUCAUGUUUUAAUAACCUAUAGAUUUAAGAUGUCUAGGUAAUUGUAUUGAAAACAACUAAAAACGCAGAGUAAGACAUGUUUGCAGUGCAAUUUGUUAUCUCGAGUUUCACAUAUGAGAAUAAAAGACGCAUUGCGCGUA